UGUAUUUAUCUGUUUCCAGUUGUACUCCAGGUGUCGAGUGUGUACGUGUCUAACCUCACCCCUAUCUGCAUGAGGUGCCUGUGCCACGCCGCUUCCAGCUGCAACCUCACCCUGGGAUGUGUGGAUGGUUACUGCGGCCCCUUCCAGCUGAGCCGCGGCUACUGGAGGGACGCUGGACUUCACGUACUUCCAGAUGACAAUCCUUCCAGAGAUGGAGCAUUCUUGGAUUGUGCUCAGGAUUACUCUUGUGCCCAAAGAAUUGUGGAAGAAUAUAUUAUCCGAUUCGGAAGCGACUGCAAUGGAGAUAGUGUGUCGGACUGUGACGACUUCGCCAUGCUUCACUUUAACCUGAAGGAUGACUGCACAGCGUCUUUGGAUGGGACCAACUUUGGCCGCCGAUACUCGACCUGCAGACCGACAUCUGAUCCCCCUGAUUCGGAUGAUGGCCCACCUCGUCGCAUCAAUGGGUGAUGAAUUAUUUAAUUUGUGAUCUGUAGAAUAGUUGUAAUGUGUUUUAUUUAAAUGUGCAAUAACAGUAAUGUCUUUUAAAAACUAAUUCACUUCUAAUGACAAAGUAAUAAAUGUCUAUAAAGUUUACGAAAAAGGCCUUCAUUUACUACGACAGUAUUAUUUUAACAAAACCAAUCGAUUUAUUUAUGUAAGUUCCAUGUUAACAAGAGUAAUAAAUUUGUGUUGUUGUGUUAUUUUGUACUUAUUAUAGCUGUUGGUAAAAAUAAAUUAUAUAGCAGUGAUUUCAUA